GCAAGCAGAAGGGAAGGGAAGGGAUGUUGCGAAGACAAGACGCUCUGGCGGCUCUCUCCUUCCUCCUCCUCAGCCUCUCUCUCGCGGUCGUGGCUUCGGGUUUUGUCACGCAAACCCUAGCUCCGCCUAUGCGCCCCAAACCCUAGGCUAGGCCAUGCGAGCCUCCUCCGCCCCCAUGGAGCCCUCCUCCGCCCCUCGCAGAUCCGCCGCCCCCGACCCCAAGAAGCCUCGCCUCGCCCAGCACCCGCCUCCUCCCCCCGCCCCCGCCCCCAGGGAUCCCAGAUCUUACGCCGCUGCCAAUGGCGCCGUCGACCAGGCGCAGGUGGACGAGCUCGUCGUGCAGUACCGGGCCGCUCUCGCGGAGCUCACCUUCAACUCCAAGCCCAUCAUCACCAACCUCACCAUCAUCGCCGGCGAGAACCUCCACGCCGCCAAGCCCAUCGCCUCCCUCAUCUGCGCCAACAUCCUCGAGGUUCCAAGUGAACAGAAGCUACCAUCUCUUUAUCUACUCGACAGUAUUGUCAAAAAUAUUGGAAAAGAUUAUGUUAAACAUUUUUCUGCAAGAUUACCUGAGGUGUUUUGCAAGGCAUAUAGGCAGGUUGAUUCUUCUAUACACAAUAGCAUGAGGCACCUAUUUGGAACAUGGAAAGGAGUGUUUUCUCCAGCUUCACUCCAAUUGAUUGAGAAGGAACUUGGCUUUCAAUCAUCUACCAAUGGGUCAUCAGGCGCUGCACCAUCAAAGCCUGAUUCUCAAUCCAAUCGUCCAUCCCAUAGUAUUCAUGUGAACCCAAAAUAUUUGGAAGCAAGGCAACAGCUCCAACCGAAUAAGGGGAUACUGGGAGCUGGUGCUAAGACUACUACCGUUUCUGAUUCCGGUGAUGAUAUUGAGAGGACUAGCAGGACAACUAUUGAUAGAGGUGCAGGGCGGCGGCUGGAUGCUUUGAACUCUAGGCCUCGGGCACAAAGGGACCCUUUUAGCAAUCCUAUUCAUGAAAAGCAAGAUAGAGAUAUGAGGGCCGUUGGAUUCUCCAACAUUUCACAGCAGCCUGUUGUGGUAACUGCUCAAGUUCGCUCGAAACCUAAAGGUCAAGAUGGAAGUGGCGGACCAUAUUAUACUGCCGGGGUUGGUUCUUCUGAAGAACAGUUUGACAGGCGCAGCAGUUUUUAUGCAAACAAGGAUGUUAAACCAUCAGGGUCUGCACGUCUAGAUACUGCACUUCUCCCAACUCCUGUUAGUAAUUCUGACAGGAUUGGUAGGCAGUCAUCUAACAAAAGCUGGAAGAAUUCUGAGGAAGAAGAGUACAUGUGGGAUGAUGUGCGUUUUCAAGGAGCAGAUUAUGGAGGUACCAGUUCCACAAGAAAAAGAGAAUGGAUGCCUGAUGAUGGAAAUGUUGGGAACUUUCAAAGGGUUAAAUGGGCAGAGGCGGGAGGACCUUUGGAUCCUGACUUGCACAAACUAGACAACUUCCAAAGAUUUGGAAGUGCAAUGGGUCAAGAUAGAAGAACUGCACCAUAUAUGGAUCAUGAAGAGGACCUUCAUGGUAAGCGUGAGGUGGAACCAAGAAUUGAUAGGGAUAUGCUCCCUGAAGGACAACUGUUGUCGUCGUCUCGUGGUUCCUCUCUCUGGUUAUCACAGGAAAAACCUGUCCCAGGCAUUGGGUCAGAUCCUAGGAUAUCAACAUUUUCCAAUCAGCCAGCAGAUAGGUCUACCAUUUAUCCUGCCACCUUGUCAACAAGCAUCACUUCAUCUGUACCUGUUGGGCUGUCAGGAGCAUAUGCUGGACGAUCAAGCCUAGAACAUGCAAAUAUCGUACCGACAAGAUCAACUGAGACUAUAGCGCAGCAAAAAAAUAGAUAUUGGUCAGCUUCCUCGCCACCAAUCCAGUCAACACCUGCAUCCUUUGUACGCCAGAAUUCCCCAAGUCCUGCAGAGGUUGAUUACCCUUCCAGACCAUUCUCACAAUUGGGCCAAAAUCCUCCUGAAGACUAUAACCAAAGAGCUCAUGCCUUGGCUCAAAAUGCCGCACUUUCUCAGGGCAGACCUAAUCUUCUGGGUGGCCCUUCACAAGCUUCCCAGCAGAUUGAAAAGCACCCUGCAUUGCAGUCAAAGCAACAUAUCAAACCACCUGAUCAACUGCAGGCAAGCUUUUCACUUGAAAAUUCAUCUUCACUAUUUAAACCUUCAAUCCAGCUGCCUAUUUCUGUUGGCAUGGGGCAUCAGCAGCCUGAAGAAGUAUCUUUGCCCAGUGCUUCUACUCUUAUGAGCUCAGAUCAUUUAAGUGCUAGUAAUUUGUUGGCUGGCCUUAUAAAGAGUGGAUUCAAACCAAAUGAGCAACCUCCUCUUCCAAGUGGGCCACCUCCUCAUGUUUCUACAUCUCUUCCAGCUUCUUCGUCAUCGAUACACCUUCCAGUUAGUGAUACUUUGAAGCCUCAGUCAUCAAACUCUCAGCGCCCACCGUUGCCACCAGGAUUGCCACUCUCUUUGCCAUUUGUGUGCCCGACAACACAGACUUCGGAGAAAGCUGCACCACUCACUAGUCUUCUCAGUUCCCUGGUUGCAAAGGGAUUAAUUUCUUCACCUUCUACUGAUUCAACUGUUGCGGUCUCACAACAGCCUAGUAAAUCAGAUCUGAACACACCAGAUCUUACUACUUCAGCUCCAUCCUUGCCCUUUGUCCAGCCUUCAGUUAAAAAGGAAACAGCCCACCAAAAUUCAUCUGCCCCAACUAAAGCUCAGGUACCCCAACCUGCUGAAGUCAAGGUGAAACCUGCAGAAAUCAAAAUGUUAGACCUCAUUGGCUUUGAGUUCAAGCCUGAGAUGCUUCGCAAGUACCAUGAACAUGUGAUCAGCACCCUCUUUGAUGACCAAAGUCAUCAAUGUAAUACAUGUGGUCUAAGAUUCAGACUUGAAGAAGAGCUCUCUGUGCACACUGCAUGCCACGAGUCGAAGCAAACUGAGGCUAAAAAUAUUGGUAUCGCACCUGAAAAAUGGUACCCUAGCAAAAACAGUUGGAUUGAUAGAUCAAAUGAAGUGCAGAAUAGUGUCCUGGAAUCUGCUUCUUCAGAUGCAGAUUUGACCUCUGAAGAUGAAGCUUGUGAGUUAAUGGUUCCUGCAGAUGAGAGCCAGAUUAUCUGUGUACUUUGUGGAGAGCGAUUUGAUGACAUUUAUUCUGCCGAGAAGGAUAGCUGGAUGUACAAGGAUGCAGUAUAUUUUGAUUCCCCAAAGAUAGAAGGCAGCAGUGGGGACAGUGCUGAGAGCAAAGGCCGUGUACCCAUAGUCCAUGCAAGAUGUAUGUCGAAUGAUGGCAUGGAGGUUGAUUAGCAUUGCUUCCAUACACAGGGGUAGAAGCAGUAGCAACAGAAACAGUUCGAAUGAUGAGAUUGAGGAGGAUUAUCAGGAAAUUCGAUGCUUAACAGACGCUCAAAUGAAAUGAUGCCACAGAAGUGGGUUUGAAUGAGGGAUGACACGCAGCAGCAGCUGAAACGAUGCUGUCGGGGUGAUGAUACAGGUGGAUUAGCGUGAAGUUGACAGCCUCGCACUCUGUACAAGUAAAUUUUGGUCAAAUGUUGUCAUCCCUCGGUCACCAUAUAUCGCGAAGAAGGUGCUUACACAGAAUAAAUUCCAAGUCCAUUUCUGGCCUUGUCAACCGAUCAUCUUACAAUCGAGAUGUUCGGCGGGGUUCUGAUGAUACAGUUUUGGUUCAAUCGAAGGGAAAUGAUCUUUCUGUUCAUAGGAGGGCAGCUUGUAUGUUAUAAGGAGAGUGUAUUGUUUCAUUAGGAGGGAAAGAAAUAGGUGAUCGCUGUCAAGAAGUUACUGCUGUUUUUGACAAACUUGUCGCAUCUUCCGAGAGAACGAACUAGCGAUUUUGUACUUAAAAAAGAACUGAUAAUGGAUGCAGAAUUAAACUAGCUACUUAUUGUUUGCCUGCGUUAAUGUAGUGUUCAUCGGUGUAGUUCGAUGCUCCUUUCAUCCUUUGGCAUUGUGAUGCAUAAGAUUGUUUAUGAUCCCGGGAAGUAGAUAUGGGUAUUGGAGAUGCAAGCUAGUUGUACUGCAGAAACGUGCCAGCAAGCAUGAAACUGUAUGUAAGCAACCAGCCUAAUGUGUGAUGAUUUGCCUCUGAUGAACUCCUGUAUAAGGCCAGUUGGAAUUUAUUUUUAUAAACGUCCCUGCAGAACCAUGACCUGUGUUAGGAAUGCCUCUGAUGCG